AUAAAAAACUGGCUUUUUAACAUAGUUUCAAAAUAUAUUCUCAAUACGAAAUAUUAUAAAAGUUGAUUAUCGACGUUGAUAUCUGAUUAUUUAUAACACAUUUUAAAAACAUUUCUGUGCGAGUAACGUUUGGUUCUGAAAAAACUUGCAAAUCUGGAUGAAACUGGUGAAGUAAUGAUCGCCGUAUCAGAGCCUCCAUUGGAAUUCAUUCCACGAGGUCGGCCGGCGGUCGAUGAGCACCCGGGACCCAGCCAAGAUAGAUACUCUCCUCAUUUGCCGUCAGAAAGAAUAUUAAUGCAUCGCUUGCAAAAUGUUGAUAUUUCGAUGAAAGAGGAAUAUAAAGAAUUCUGGUGUAUUCGAGAGAUCUUUUUAGAUCAUUCCCUGCAAGAAUCAGCAGAAUGGAAUGAAAAACCCAAUAAUGUUAAAUCUAGAGGUUCGAAAAGUAAAAUUUUUACUAGAAUGAAAGCAAAUGUAAAGGAGAGCAAAAAUGCUGAACCUCAUAAUUACAUGUGUGAAUAUUUGGUGAACUCAGAAGAAGAACUCUACGUAAAAAAGUGCACAGCGGUGUGGACAAGGGGUUUAGUAAAUGAACGAAGUAUUUUACCACGUUUGUGUUUCACUUGCGACACUCCUAUUAAGUUCGCCUUCUUUUGUAACGAUUCUUUUAUAAACAUAGUAGCGGAUGAUGCAGAUUGUAAAAUCUCUACUUCUAUUUGUUUAAUAGAUCAAAAUUCAUUACGGGUUUAUUGCAGCAACGGCGAAGAUUAUAUUGCUAGUCUAGAAUUUCCUGUCUCAAAUGUUUGGCCAACACGUUUUGGUAUUUUAUUGGAAAAAGUCGCCUCCAAUACGACUAUACAAAAUCAUACAAUUUCCAUGCCACGUUUAUUUUCUAUGACUCAUCCCCUUAAUGAAAUAUGUCCAGUAUUAAAUAAGUCUGCGGCUGGUAUUAUAUCAUAUUUGAUUGAACCAGACUAUAGAAUAAUUUUUUCGGAUGAAAAUUCUGAUUUGCUGUUAUUGUAUGACGUGAAAAUACGUAAACAUUUUUUAUCACAAUUGCGUAAAGCUGCUGAUGAUGAAAUUCAAUACAUAGGAUCCCAAAAUGAAACGACUUUUACCAGUACGGUGCAUUUGUCGAGCAUCCAUAAAGCUAGUACCGCCGGUUGUAGCAACCCAAGCCUGGUUACAACUGCCGGACAGGCUAAUUACUCGCAGAACUCAAUAAAAUAUUCGGCAACUGGUUCUAAGAGCAGUAGUCCUCACUUAGGACGGAGCUCUAAUUAUACCAACCAUGUUAGCAAAUUUCUGAAUAGUGCUCAUUCUUUAAGUGGAGCUUUCAGCAAUUUAAAUCGUUCUUCGAACGCUUCACCCUUAAGUCAUUUGCAAUCUACAAUUGGGCAGUACUCGAUAUCUGUACGUGAUAUUAGAAAAUGCGGUCAAUCACAACCUUCAAAGCCAAUUGUACCUGAACUGUGUUUAGAACACACUUGGACUGAAAGUACGUGUAUCAACAAUCGCGACUUUAUUGAACUGGCCUCAAAAGCUUUUAUACACACCGAUUUGGUGGGACAGAUUUAUUUAUGUUAUUUGUUACCACGCUCGUGCAAAUUACAAAUGGUGCGGUUAAGCAAUUACAAUACUAAGGAUUUACAAAUAUCUACGGUAUCUACGAGUGUGUCAGCCAAAGAUGCCACAACUUUGGAGCGCAUGAAUAUGAUGGCUGUUUUGGAUCCAUCUGGCAGCUUGUUGUUGUAUACUGGCCUAAUAUUGGUAACUAGAGUUCAUAUACCAAACAAUACAUUAUGUAAUACUCCUAUAACGCCUGUAAGCGUUGCUGCUAACGUUGCGGUUAUGCCACAUACACUGGAUAAAUCUCUUUACACUUCGUUUCCGAAACGAAGUAGCCUCUUGCCAUCUACACAAAAAUCGAUGAAUAACACUCUUGAAGAAGAACUUCAUAUGCUGUCACCAGUACAACCUUUACCAACAAAAUUAUCGAAUAGAUCUUCGAAUGUAUGCAUAAGUUUGCGGGACCCAGCAGGCAACCGUUUGACUUUAGUGUAUGCGACGGGUAAAAUGCUGCGCAUUACUUUACCUUUAAUCAAUGAAACAAAACUUGUAGGUCGUUGUAUUGUGGGCUUAAGGCAAAUAUUAAAACGUGAUCAAUAUAUACAAAUGAUAAUUAAAUGGUACAGUGCUCGAAAUCCACCAGGCUCGCGAGAUUAUUGCAUUAAAAAGGAAUGGAAUGUGUUUCGCAAUGUCCUCUUGGGUUUAAUGGGUUUUCCAACUGCUUUACACGAUUUGAGUACUAGUGCAGUAGCAAGUUCAUUUAGUGCUGAAGAACCAAAGAAACGGAAAAAAAAUAAUGAAAUCCAUGCUGGUACCGAAGAAGAUUGGAAGUUUAUGUUGACUACUAUAGGGGAAAUUCCUAAAAGUUCGUCUACUGAUCAUAAUAGUAAUCAGUAUUGUAGUAUUGACACAUCAGCGUGCUUAUUUAAUACAAUACCUGCCAUAUUUUAUUGUCUACAUUUAUUUUAUGAGGACUGCAAGCUUGAUGAUACUCUCAGAAAAAAUUUAAAGCCUUUGGCAAAGCUUUUACAUCAAUUGGCGGUUGAUAUGCAAUUGCAAUCCUAUAUCCUUCUUUACACACUUGAUUUUCCAUUUUUGGCGAACAAUGUUUCAAAGAAAUACAUUUUAACUGAGCAACAUGGCGCACAAAUGUUACUAAAAGAAUUACUGCAAGUACCUGCACCAAGUGUUUACAAACAAUUGGAGAGGGUUUUGCAAAAUAUUGAUGCCGAGCCUUAUGUUUAUGUGGAAACUAUUAACGAUCUUAGUCGUAAUGUCUUGCAGAUUAUAACUUUAAUAAUGCAUGGUCAUUUGAAAAUCAAACAUUGGAUUAAACCUUUGGAAUUUACUGAUUCCGUACAAUCAUUUUUUCCUAAAAGGAAAAAACGCUAUAUGUCUUUAUCCGUUCCCCGCUCUGAACAAGUUAUACAAAUGUUAAUUAAUAUGGAAAUGACUCGCAAACAUAUUGAACGUUUACCGGUCGCUUUGCAUUUAAUGAUUGCAGAAUGCUUAGAAAAUGCUCGUUUACAACCACCGCUUGGCAGUUCUUCAUCUACUUACGAAUUGGUUUUACGUUCCGAGUUAGUGUCACAUUCCAUGUUGCAAAAUCAAAAUUUUUAUGUACACGAUAGUUCAGGUGUAGAACAAUGGAGCAAUUUUGAAGCCGAAAAUUCUCUUUCAGCUCGCUGCUCUCCUUCAAAGAUAGGAAUUUCUCAAAUGGGAGCAACUUUGGAUGAUGGAAUGGAUAAUAUUGAUACGAAAUUAUUAAGUUUAUGCUUCCCUGAUGAUAUACGCAUAACGGAAGUUCAUCGACUUUUGAUAUCCUCGGAACCCGUUACUAUUGAUAUUACUCAAUCGCCGGGUACUUCAGAUCACGAAUUUAUCGAAGAACAGGAAAAACAAUUAUUUACACUGUGUACACGUACGAUGACUUUGCCAAUGGGCCGAGGUAUAUUUACUUUGAGAACUUCUUUACCUAAUCCAACAGAAUCGAUGCCCAUACCUAAGCUAUGUCUAACAGGUAGAGAGCCUACUAAGGGAGCCACCGUAGAAAUGCAACAAAUUGAAUUUCCAGCUAAUAUGAGUCUCUGGCCAACUUUCCACAAUGGAGUAGCAGCAGGUUUAAAAAUAUCACCCGACGCUCGUGAUGUGGAUUCUACUUGGAUUGUAUACAACAAACCCAAGGGGCAAACUGAGACAUCUACUGAACACGCUGGCUUUUUGAUGGCUUUGGGAUUAAACGGCCAUUUGAAAACUUUAACAUUCAUGAGUAUCUACGAUUACUUGAUAAAAUGCGACGAAAUGACAACAGUUGGCUUGCUUCUAGGAAUUUCAGCCACUCAUCGUGGUACUAUGCAUACCACCACGACUAAAAUGCUAAGCGUUCAUUUAGAAGCUCUGUUGCCUGCUACCGCUUUGGAAUUGGAUAUACCCCAAAAUUGUCAAGUAGCUUCUCUCAUGGGUAUUGGUUUGCUAUAUCAAGGAACCGCUAAGCGUCACAUCGCUGAGGUACUAUUACAAGAAGUGGGUCGUCCUCCCGGCCCCGAAAUGGAAAAUAGUGUGGAAAGGGAAUCAUAUGCUUUAACAGCUGGUUUAGCUUUAGGUUUAGUCACAUUGGGUCAAGGUGAAUCAUCAGCUGGAUUAAGAGACCUACAAUUACCGGAUACAUUGCACUAUUACAUGGUGGGUGGGAAUAAACGUGUACUAACGGGAUCGCAAAAAGAGAAAUACAAACUGCCAUCGUUUCAAGUGCGAGACGGAGACCAUGUUAAUAUAGAUGUUACCGCUCCCGGGGCGACUUUAGCAUUGGGUUUAAUGUUUUUUAAUACUGACAAUAAAGCGGUAGCUGAGUGGAUGGAUUCUCCUAACACGAGAUAUCUUCUAGAUUUGGUACGCCCAGAUUUGUUGCUAUUGCGUACUAUAGCCCAUGGCUUGAUUAUGUGGUCUAAAGUACAACCUGAUGAGGAAUGGUUACAUAAUCAAUUUCCUGAAAAUUUACGUUUUGAUGUGGAAAAAGGAGCAACGGUUAAUGACGAAGAAGACACAGAUCAUGAGGCUAUAACCCAAGCCUAUUGCAAUAUAAUAGCCGGCGCAGCUUUUUGUAUCGGACUGAAAUUUGCUGGCACGAAGAAUCCGAUAGCUUUUAAAACAUUGAGACGCUGUAUUAAAUUGUUUUUGAAUUUUCCUGGUAAAUAUGUGGGAGAAUUUGCUGGUCGCACGACAGUAGAAACUAGUUUAAUGGUGAUUUUGUUGGCCAUUUCGUUGGUGUUCGCCGGCUCAGGAGACUUGGAGAUUUUACGUAUAGUACGCUAUCUUCGAUCCCGUAUCGGCCCACAAUAUCCUCAUGUUACUUACGGCUCACAUAUGGCGAUACACAUGUCCUUGGGCUUUCUUUUUUUGGGAGCGGGUCGUUUUACUAUAGCCAAAACUCCCGAAGCAGUGGCGGCUCUAGUAUGCGCCCUGUUCCCAAAAUUUCCCAACCACAGUAAUGAUAAUCGUUAUCAUUUACAAGCCUUUCGACAUUUGUAUGUCCUGGCAGUAGAAGCACGAUUAUUUUUACCGCGUGAUAUUGAUACCAAAAAGUUAUGUUUAUGUAAUAUAUCAGUUUUGGAAGUGGGUGCAACAGAGCUAAAACGUUUGCCAAUUGCUCCAUGCCUCUUACCCGAUUUGGAUUCUUUACAAAAAGUCAUAGUGGAUGAUCCCAAUUAUUGGCCGGUAUCAUUUGAUAAAAAUCGCAAUUGGGAACAGUUAGUUAAUGCAUUGGCGAACAUUGCUUGUAUUGACAUUAAAAAACGUUCAGGCUGUUUAUCAUAUUUGGAAGAUCCAGAUCGUCUGAAAAGCCUCUUUUCUCAGACAUUAACCACAGAGCAAUAUUUAUGCUGGGAAGUUGAUUCGAAGACAUUGGAAAGAUUCUCUAAUGAACCUUAUGUUAUAGCUUUUACCGACCGCUUUCUCCAUAUGGACGAUGACCAGACCGCAGUAAAUGAAUUAUUUUUGAAGCAAUUUCUGACGAUGUUGUUCUAUAAUGCUGUGGUAAAGGAUAAAAUGCAUGUUUUGGCAAUAUAUUUGGCUUUAUAUAAUCAUGUACUACAUACUAAAACUCAACAGCUUUCGUUUGACGAUGUCUGGCAAAUAAAAUUAAUAAAUAAUUAUCUAAAGCACGGUCCUCAACAACAUAUGCUAUUCUCUAAGGAGUUGGUGACAGCCGUUCUCGAACAAUUUCAAAGGAGUAUGGAGUCUUAUUUAAAAUUAUUCCAAUUGCCGUUACAACAGUUUAUAGCAACUAGCGACUUUCAGCCAAAUAUUAUAAGAGGUUUAAGCGCCCAACACGCACCCAUUUUAGCUGGCCUCAUCGCUUACUAUGACUUGAGUCCGAAUUUAUUAAACUCCGUGCUGCUUCAAACAACACCAAUAAAGUGUUUGCGUUACAUACAAGAGUUGCGAAAACUUAAUUUAGAACCUGCUACGGCUUACUGCUUAUUAAAAAUUUUGCAAACCUUAUGAAACUAUUAACGAUCUUAGUCGUAGUUUGAAGCACUGGCAAAUAAAAUUCAAAUAUGAACAAAAAUACUUUAUUUUGUUUAAAUAAUUACAACUUAACCGGACGCAUCCUGGAUACUAG